AUGGCGGUGUUGGAUCAGUUGGCAGAAUCACAGACACAAGUGGUGUCUGCGCCGAUGACUACGACGAUGGUCAACCGCCCAGCGCUACCUCUUCCGAUGUUUAAUGGAGAAAUAGCAGCGUGGGGAAGUUGGAAAGCCGCAUUGGCUACUUACCACGAUGAAGUUACACUGUUAGAAGAACAAAAGUAUCAGUACCUACGGGGCUGUUUCAAGGGGAAGGCCACGGACGUGGUUUCGUACCUGCCAUACGGGACGAACCAAUACCGCAAGGUAAUUGAAGUUUUAAGAGACCGAUUUGGAGAUGAAGAUAAACUGAAAAAGUAUUAUCUGGCAGAGUUAAAAGCUAUUGCGAACACUCGGAUGAGCAAGACUUCAGUUCUACCGCAGGGGCAAAAGCUUUACGACGGGCUCACAAACACCGUGGCGGCGUUAGCUAGUCUCGGAGUAAAUACAAAAACGCACGAAGCCUAUCUCACGCCUGAUUUACUGGCGUCCCUUCCAAAGGCGCUGGUGAGCAGAUCGAGAGAUCGGUGGGAUGAUGCGGAGCCAACGUUCGCAAAAAUAUUGCAAGCCCUCAAAAGGGAAAUAAGAUUUAGAGAGGAGGAUGAAGCGUUGUCGAUGAGUUGUAGCGGGAAGCCCAUGCCAGAGUCAGCCGCUACAACAUCGAACAACGGAAUCACAAACCAAUGA